AUGUGCAAGGCGAGUGCUUCCACACCGCUUCCUGUUCGACUUCUGCGCAGCAGCGAUCGAGAGGCGCAGGAUGGCGAUGCUUUCGAGGGGUGGGAGUCCAUGCCCUGAGG